AUGUCUGACUCAAAGUAUUUUCAAACCACCAAAAAAGGUGAAAUUCAUGAAUUAAAAGAAGAAUUAUUAUCACAAAGAGAAGAUAAAAAAAAGGAAGCAGUAAAGAAGGUAAUUGCAGCAAUGACAGUUGGUAAAGAUGUUAGUAUGUUAUUCACUCAUGUCCUCAAUUGUAUGCAAACCCAUAACUUGGAAUUAAAGAAAUUAGUUUACCUCUAUGUUAUGAAUUAUGCCAAGAAUCAUCCAGAUCGUGCUAUUCUUGCAGUAAAUACUUUCCAAAAGGAUGCUUCCGAUCCAAAUCCAUUAAUUAGAGCUUUAGCAGUUAGAACUAUGGGUUGUAUUAGAGUUGAUAAUAUUACCGAACAUCUUUGUGAACCAUUAAGACAUGCAUUAAAAGAUCAAGAUCCAUAUGUUAGAAAAACAGCAGCAGUUUGUGUAGCAAAAUUAUAUGAUGUUAAUCCAGAAUUAGUUGAAAAUCAAGGAUUUUUAAAUAUUUUAAAUGAUUUAUUAGGUGAUUCAAAUCCAAUGGUAGUUGCAAAUGCAGUAGCAUCAUUAACAGAGAUUGAUGAAGUUAGUAAGAAGGAAGUAUUUAGAAUUCAUUCAGGUAAUCUUAAUAAAUUAUUAGCUGCACUUAAUGAGUGUACAGAAUGGGGUCAAGUUUUCAUUUUGAAUUCAUUAUGUAAAUAUACACCAAGAGAUUCACAAGAAGCAGAGAAUGUUUGUGAACGUGUUGCACCACGUCUUCAACAUGCCAACUCUGCAGUAGUUUUAUCGGCUGUCAAAGUGUUGAUGAAAUAUAUGAACUCCAUUGGCAACAAUGAUGUCAUUCGUUUAUUCUGCAAGAAGAUGGCACCACCAUUGGUCACUUUGUUAUCAAAGGAACCAGAAAUCCAAUUCUUGGGUCUUCGUAAUAUUAAUUUGAUCGUUCAAAAGCGUCCAGAGAUCCUUCAAUAUGAAAUGAAAGUAUUCUUUUGCAAAUACAAUGACCCAAUCUAUGUAAAGAUGGAAAAAUUGGAGAUUAUGAUCAUGUUGGCCAACGAGAAGAACAUUGAAGAGGUGCUAUUGGAGUUCAAAGAGUAUGCCACUGAGAUCGAUGUUGAAUUUGUUAGAAAAGCAGUUCGUGCAAUCGGUCGUUGUGCAAUUAAAAUCGAUCGUGCCUCUGAACGUUGUAUUCAAGUGUUAUUGGACCUCAUUCAAACCAAAGUUAACUAUGUCGUCCAAGAGGCAAUCAUCGUCAUCAAGGAUAUCUUUAGAAAGUAUCCAAACAAAUAUGAAGGUAUCAUCGCCACCCUUUGCGCCAACCUCGAAUCAUUGGACGAACCAGAGGCAAAGGCUUCAAUGAUUUGGAUCAUUGGUGAAUAUGCUGAACGUAUCGAUAAUGCUCAUGAAUUAUUAAACUCUUUCUUGGAAGGUUUCAAAGAUGAAAAUAGUCAAGUUCAAUUACAACUUUUAACCUCUAUCGUUAAACUCUUUUUAAAGAGACCAAAAGAUGCUCAACAAAUGGUUCAAACAGUUUUAAAUCUUUCAACUCAAGAAUCUGAUAAUCCAGAUUUACGUGAUCGUGGUUUUGUCUAUUGGAGACUCUUAUCAACCGAUUUCGAAGCUGCCAAAGCCGUAGUACUCUCUGAAAAACCACUCAUUACUGAUACCACUAGUCAUCUCGAUGAAUCAUUAUUAAAUGAAUUAAUCUUAAACAUUUCAACACUCGCUUCAGUUUAUCAUAAACCACCAGAGACUUUUGUCACUAAAUUAAAGGGUCUCAAUAAACGUGGUUUAAGAAAUAAAGAAGAAGAAGAUGAAGAAGAACCAGAUUAUGUUGAUGAUGAUAAUAUGAAUAAUCAACAAGGUGGUCAACAACAACAAGGUGGUUAUCAACAACAACAACAACAACAACAACAAGGUGGUUAUCAACAACAACAACCACAACAACAACAACCAAAAUCUGGUAAUUUAAUCGAUUUAGAUUUAUCAGAUUUAGGUGGUGCAUUACCAAAUAAUAACAACAAUAAUUAUGGUAAUAAUAAUAAUAAUAAUAUGUAUUCACCACAACCACAACAAUUUAAUGGUAAUUCAAAUGAUUUAUCAUUUUUAGGUGGUGGUGGUGGUGGUGGUGAAGUUCAAGCACCAGUUAAUAAAGUUGUUGUAUUUGGUGGUGAUAGAUCACAAGCAAUUCAAAUUAGUGGAGCAUUUACAAGAUUCCAAGGUAGAAUUAAUUUAGAAUUAAAUCUUUUGAAUACAAGUCAACAAGGUAUGUCAAAAUUCAAGAUUCAAUUUUAUCAAAAUAGUUUUGGUAUUUCACCAGCUGAUCAAAUCUUAUCAUGUGGUGCUAUUGAAGUAGGCCAAAGCACUGAUGUCACAAUUCCAAUCUCAUGCAAUGGUCAAAUCUCAAAUCCAUUGAAUCCAGUCAUUGAUAUGGCAAUGAUGGUAUUACCAAGUCAAGAGAGAUUCUACUUUAAGAUGAAUUUCCCAUUACUUUGUCUAUUGACAGAAACUGGUCGUCUCGAUCGUGAAUCUUAUUUAUCCAUGUGGAAAUCAAUUCCAGAAUCAAAUGAACGUUCAGUUGAAAUUCAAGUACGUUUACCACAUGUAGAUGUUGACUCUAUCCUUCGUCGUUUAAAUAGUAAGAAUAUCUUUGAAAUCGUUAGAAAGAAAGCUCCAAAUCAAGAAAUCUCUUUCCUCUCUUGUAAAACUGAAAGUUCUGUUUACAUUUUAAUUGAAUUGGCUUUCAACAUUUCAACAAAUACUUGUAGAUGUUCUUCAAAAACUACUUCACCUGAUAUUAUGGCAUUAUUUGAACAUAAUUUAAAUUUAUUAAUUAAUAAUCAAAUUUAA